AUGGGGGGCAUCGUCAUCCUACCAAAUUCAAAUCAAAUAAGAAAAGGAAAAUUUAUCGGUUUUGGAAAUAACGACAUGCUCAUGGAUAUUUUUGACGAUGCGGAAGAUCCACUACCGAUGAUAAGUAAAUCAAAUAAUAAUAAUAAUAAUAAUAAACCAAAAAAAUUUGAAGUUAAUGAAACAACAUCUGCAAGAUCCAUCCUACACAAUAAGGGUCAACAUAACAAAAUCAAUAAUGAAAAUCCAUUGUUGACACCGGAAACGUUUAAAUAUUUAUUAAAUACUUCCGGUGAUAACACGUUAUCACCUCGACCCCCCAUGCCAAACACUGUCGUAGUUUACGAUACGGAACUUGAAAAACACUACAACGUUUCGCAAACUCAACAAAUGGGUAACGGUACCGAUGUGAAAAUUUUUUGGGGAUCCGUCGAAGAUGCUGUUGACAGCAUACCAUUUUUACCAUUCGAAGUUAACAUUCCCGAUAUGUUAUCCGCGAUGUCGACGUUCUUCGCCAACUACAUGCCUUUUAUAAAUAGAUUUACCAAUCAGAAUCAUCCGAGAUUGCCAUUAAAACUAGUCAACAAUCAAACAAACGUUAAAGAAUUAGGUACGUAUUAUAAAACCUACGUAUCAGAACAAUCUCCGGAUGUAUCGAUAAGUAGUAGGAGAGAAUACAACUCGGUACCUAAAUUAAAAACGGGAAAAAGGAAACAAAAUAACAACAACAGGAGAAAAUUUUAUAAGAAUAAAAAUUCAACGACGAGUUUUGCCGAUAAAAUAUUUAAAUUACCGAAUUUGAGCAGGACGACGACGGUGUCGCCGCUCCCACCGAAUCCCGAUUCGAAACUUUGGCACGUUUUAGGUACGGAUUCGAAAGAAACGUUUAAAUUGAAAAACAUGCCGAUAACGAGAAAACGUAUAAGAAUUGCGGAUAGAGAAAUAUUUAAUUUUAAAAAUAGCGAUAUAUCGAACAGUCCCAUCAUGAUUCUCAACGUCCCCCAAAGACCCAUAACUCAAUUUAAGGUCGUGCAUCAAAAUCAAUUUGAUAAAAAAAUCCAAUCGGAAAAAAAUGAUGGGAUUUAUGAAUUUGAUUCUUCGACGGUCAAAUUACCAUCUUCUUUGCAACAAUAUGAAAACAAGAGAAAAUUAAAAAACAAAAAUAAAAAAAAAAGUUCAUCUAAAAGAUCUGGAAGGUCAGAUUUAAAUGAAGAGGAAAUAACGAGUACACACUAA